AUGGAGAACGAAGAACUCUUUGCAGGGGAUGAUGUCCCGCCGAUGCACCCCCAAGAGACCCGCCGCGUUGAAGAUGUGAAUGAAAACACGCCUCUCAUUCUUGAAACCGAUGGGCUAUUGCAUCGACAGCCUGUAAACCUUACGGAUGAUCGGCCGAAAUGGAGGAGACCGAGUAUUUGGUGGCUGCUCCCAUUCGGUCUUCUUUUUACACUGGGCUUUGGUGGAAUGGCUGUGCCCAAGAUCAAUUUAACCUUGUCGCUCAUCUGUCGAGACUAUCUUGCUGAGAAGACCACCCAAGAACCCGGGUUCACCUAUCUACCUGUUAUAUUUGGCGAGCACAACCCCCAGUGCCAGUUCCCACAAAUUCAGUCAUUGGUUGCCCAGUUCCAGCUCUAUCUGAAUCUCAUUGCGGGUAUUCUGUCAGCAUUGGUGAGUCCUCGGUUCGGACACUUAUCUGAUCGUUACGGGAGGACCAAGAUGAUCGCGCUGGGCGCGAUGGGCGCGGUGCUCAAUGAGAUAAUCACUGUCAUUGUGGCUAAAUGGCCAGACCGGGUCUCGGUUAAUAUGCUUCUACUUGGAGCCGUUAUGGAUGGACUCGGUGGAUCAUUUACAACUGCGCAGGCUUUGAUCCAUUCAUAUGUUUCUGACUGUACGCCAGCCGAAAAGCGAAGCGUGGCAUUUGGUCUAUUCCAUGGUGCUCUGUUCUUUGGAGUUGCAGCUGGGCCUGGCGGUGCGGCAUUUUUGAUCAAGCAUGGGGGCACACUUGUAGUCUUCUACAUUGCGCUUGCAUUCCAUGCAACUUUCUGUCUAUCAAUCUUCCUCAUUGUGCCUGAAUCUUUGUCCAAGGAUCGACAGCUCGCGGCCCGCGAGAAGCAUCGCAUAAAUAACGUGAAUGCUGACUCUCCUAAAUGGUGCUCUUGGCGUGUCUGGAACCCAAUGAAUCUGAUCACCCCACUUGCAAUUCUGAUGCCCGCCGUUGGAAAACCAAGUCUCUUGUUCCCCAACCGCCGCGGUGCCAGUCCGGCUCUACGCCGGAAUAUUAUGCUGUUGGCUGCCAUCGACACUGCUGUCUUUGGCGUUGCCCUGGGCACAGUACAGGUUAUUAUCAUCUACGCCGCAUACAUGUUCAACUGGGGCAGUGUGGAGUCCAGUCUGUUUGUAGCGAUCAUCAAUGUGGUGCGAGUGCUCAAUCUAUUUCUGGUGCUUCCGCUUGUAUCCAUGUUCUUCCGCACUCCGUCCAAGGAAGACGGAACCAUUCGCGGCUCAGACACGCUGGAUAUUGUUCUGAUCCGCAUAUCUAUAAUAUUCGAUGUGCUGGGCUACAUUGGCUAUGCUCUGUCCAAAACUCCAGCAGUCAUGAUAAUGUCUGGCAUUGUCGCCUCCCUAGGUGGCAUGGGAUCUGCAAUCCUGCAGUCAUCUCUGACGAAGCAUGUGCCCCAUGAACGUAUUGGACAGAUGCUCGGUGCCACUGGUCUUUUGCAUGCUCUUGCUCGAAUUGUUGCGCCUUCUGUCUUUAACUUAAUUUACAGUUUGACUGUUGCAACAUUACCCCAGACAGUAUUUGUGGCACUUGCGGCCGUUUUUGGUGGAGCAUUCCUCCUGAGUCUGCUCAUCAGAUCGAAUGUGACCCUAGAGCCUGCUACCGAUCAAAGGGCGGAAGAAGAUGCCGACGAGCACGACCAGCCUUUGCUAUGA